AGCCUAUCCAGAGGUUCGCCAUGGUCGUCAUAGCUGAGCCGUUGCAGUCCUGGAGGCAGCGGCGGGAGACCGCGACCCUGCAUUCCGUGACGGUCGUGGGCACGGAGUACGUGUUCCACAACGACUCCAAGGUCGUGUUCCUGUCCCCGGCCGUCCCCGAGGAGCCCGAGGCCUACAACCUCACCGCGCUCAUCCGGAUGGACGGGCACCAGGCCCUGCUCAGGACGGAGGCUGGUGCCUUUGAGUACGUUGCCGACCCCACCUUCGAGAACUUCACGGGGGUGUCAAGAAGCAAGUCAACAAGCUCAUUCACGCGAGGGGCACCAACCUGAACAAGGCCAUGACCAUUCACGAGGCUGAAGCCUUUGUGGGUGCCGAGCGCUGCAUCAUGAAGACGCUGACGGAGACGGACCUGUACUGCGAGCCCCGGA